CUCCUCAGAUCUCGGGUAACCACCAUCCUAAGCAGAAGGGAUGAGAGGGAUCAGCAGGCACAUACACAGAGAAGUGCUGAUCAAAGAUGGAGGAGCGACCCGUGAAAUAAGCGAGCAGCUUUGCGCACUCUUAACUAGGCUGUAGAUUGUAGAAAAGAGAGGAAAAAAAGUGAGAGAACGAGAGAAAAAGACACACCACCGAGGAGGAAAGAGCACGAGCGGAGGGGAGGGAAAGUAAACCAGGGUGAGCGAUCAUGGGGAAUGAAGCCAGUCUGGAGGGUGGAGAAGGAGGGGGGCUUGCCGGGUUACCAGAAGGGGUUGCAGGGGAUGGGAAAGGGGGAUUCAUCCAGAUUCCUGCAAGAAUGGAGGCGGAUCUGAAGCAGCUGAGCGAAGAAGAGAGGAAACAGAUCGCAGCUGUAAUGUCAAGGGCGCAAGGGCUGCAGCCAGGAACUGUCAAGGAUCCUCCCAUACAAAGGAGAUUAGGGGAAGAUGCAAGUCAUCUACCUAGACAACAAGGAAAACGUCCAGAUCAUGCACCUGCUGGUAUCAGCAAAAGCCAAACUGUAGAUGUAUUUAACCAGGAAAAGAUAAAGCCUGGAAGAAGUCCAUCUUCCAUCAGUCUUUUGGAGUCUCAGUCAAAACCAGAGGUCAAAACAGAAACAAAAGCAGCCAUGAUGCCCAGCUUCCUUAGUGAGGGCAACCCCCUCAGUGCAAUGUCAUCUGUUGUAAAUAAAUUCAGUUUGUUUGGGGAUUCAGAUGAGUCAUCUGAUAAACAAAAGGGACAGCAACAGCAACCUGCAAAAGCAUCUGCACAGCCUUCAGGAUUGGCCAAAACUGGGUUAGGCUCCCCAAAAAUUGGGCAGCAGCAACAAGCACCCAGCAAAGCUAGCACUCAGCAAAAAACAGAUACUACACAGAAUAAGCAACAUGGAUCUCCUAAAACUGGUGCUCAGCAUCAGGGAUCUACUAAGUCAGGUGCCGAGCAACAAGGACGUUCUAAACCAGGGCCACAACAGCAAGGAACUGCUCUACAAUUAGGGCCUGGUAAACCAGGUGUACAGCAAGAGACUCCAGUGACAGAAUCCCAGAAACAUGGGCCUGUUAAGCCUGGCUCUCAGCAGCAAGGUUCCGCACCAAGUGGCCUUCAGCAACAUGAGCUUAGUGGGAGGCAAGACCCACCACUCAGUGAACAUCCACAAAAAGGAGCUGCUAAGGAUGGAACUAAACAACACAAUUUGCCAAACUUGGGGCCCUCUACAGCAGGCAGAAGUAAAGAAGGACAACAGUCACAAACCUCCAUUCCUUUUGGACCUCAGCAACAGGAAUUUGUGAAGUCUGGACCUAAACAAGGCUCUAAGAGUCUUAACCAAAAACAUCUCGAUUCAAAUCCUCCCCCUAAGAAAACAUUAUGUCCCAUUUGUACAACUACUGAACUACUGUUUCACAGUCCAGAAAAGGCAAACUAUAACACCUGCACACAAUGUAAAAAAGUUGUGUGCAGCCUGUGUGGCUUCAACCCUAACCCUCACAUUACUGAGGUCAAGGAAUGGCUUUGCCUGAACUGUCAGAUGCAAAGGGCCCUAGGCAUGGAUGAAUCUGCCCCUAGUAUGGCAAAGCAGCAGCCUCAUCCUCAGAAAAUAUCAGAUUCUCCUCAGAGAGGUAAACAAGCUUUGCCAAUAUCACAGCUUCAGAAAACUGAACCUACAAAAUCACCUGACCCAAUAAAACCCUUGAAUGUAAGUAAACAGCCCGUCACAGAACCACCACCUUCAAAGCCAAAAGACACUUUGCCUAAUUCUUCUGUUCAACAAGUGUCAGAGCAGAAGGCUCAGGUUCCAAAGACUGAUCAGCAUAAGUCAGCAAAGCAAGAUGCAGAAGUAAAAAUGCCUUCAGAUUUUACUGGCCCUGAGAUUAAGCAGACUUUAGCAGGCUCCCAUGAUUCCAUAUCUGCCCAACAGAAGGAAAGUCAAGAAACUGCCAAACAAAUCAUGCAGGCCUCACCGGUAGUAAGAAAAACAGAUACACAGAUAGCCUCACCGCAAAAGACAACACAGCAAACCACAGAAAGGUCUAUGGAAACUAACGGUCAGAAGCCUGUCAGUACAAUAAAGCAACCUCCAUCACAAGUCAAAGAUGCUUUAUCAAAACUGGAUUCAAAUGUCAAUCAGCCUGCACCACAAUCUGCAAAAUCUGAGCAGCCAGUGCAGAAAGUUUCCACUGCACCACCUGCCUCAAAACAAGUUCAACCAGACAAAGUACAAUCAACUCAACAACCUCCAAAACAAGAGCAAACUAGAAGAUUUAGUUUAAAUAUUGGUGGCAUAACAGAAACACCUAAGUCACAACCAACAACUCCACAAGAGUCAGUAACUGGGAAACUAUUUGGAUUUGGCUCUUCAUUCUUUAGUCAAGCCUCUAAUUUGAUAUCAACUGCUGUCCAACCAGCAGAUCACCCUGCUCCUGCAUCUAAACCACCUGUAAUUCCACCAGGUACUCAGCCUGCACCCAAGGAAAUUAGUUCAGCCCAGUCUUCACCAAAACCAUCCCCAAAACCAUCCCCAGCAAAAAGGGAGACAAAACCACCUGUGGCACAAAAGCCAACAUCCACUCCUGAGAAAAAAAUACCAACAGAGCAUGAUGUGAAACCUCCAGUGGAAAUACCGAAGGUUGCUGUGAAGGGCACUGAAGUAAUAAAGGCUUCAUCACAAAAAUCUAACUGUCCUCUCUGCAAAACUGAGCUUAAUGUUGGUUGUAAGGAUCCACCAAACUAUAAUACCUGCACAGAAUGCAACAACAUCGUAUGCAAUUUAUGUGGAUUUAAUCCAAUGCCUCACCUUUCUGAGAAAAAAGAAUGGCUCUGCUUAAAUUGUCAGACACAACGAGCUCUAUCUGGGCAGCUUGGAGGAGACAUUGAGAAAAUGCCACCAGCUUUGACACACAAAACUGAUCCUGCACCUAAGACAUUACCUAGCUCUCCAAAAAGUAUGAAAAUCAUUCCAGAAGCAGCUGUUAUUAAACCUGAUCAAGAGCAGCAAAAACAAGGGCACGUGAGCCAAAAAGAUGAGAAAUCAAGAGAAAACACCAGAGAAAAGCCAAAGGAGUUAAUAAGGGAAGCUUCCCUUCAAAAGAUGCAAACUGAGACACCAAGCAAACCCCUGCAAGCAGAAAUCAAGUUAGAGGAAAAAGGAAAAUUAUCCCGUAUUGAAUCCUUAGUAUCCCAACCCCUGAAAGGAGGUCCUUUUCAUCAGGUAGAUGACAAAGUAUUACCUCGAGUACACAAGGAAAUUGAAAAGAUUGCCUCACCUUCUCAAGUCAUAAAAAAGGCAGAGGUUGAUUCUUAUGUCAUUGACUCAAAAAGCACUACAUUCACUCCUGUGAAGAAAGAUACGGUGGAGACUCCAUUAGAAAAGCCCCCGCAAAAGCCGAUCCAAAUGGAAACUGUCAAAGAAAAGAGUGAAAAGGAAGAUGACAAAUCUGAGAUUCUUGGUUCCUCACAGCAGAAAAGCCCUCAAGGACUGAGUGACACAGGCUAUUCAUCAGAUGGUAUUUCAAGCUCACUUGGUGAAAUUCCAAAUAUUGCAGCAAGUGAUGAGAAGGAGUUGCUAAAGGAGCCUUCAAAAGAGGAAACACAAUCACAAGAGAGUAGUCCUUCGAGUCCAUCAGAUUUGGCAAAACUAGAAAGCACUGUACUUUCAAUAUUAGAAGCUCAGACAACUACUGUUGAAAAAAAAGGAGAAUUUAGAGACUCAUAUGAUGGUUACAGAGAAGAAGAUGGAAAACGGACUAGAACUAGAAUAUUACCUGUUACACCUGAAUCAUACAGCUCUGAUGAAGAAGAUCUUGAAUAUAUACAAGAGAAAGAUAAAGGGGCUGUGGAAACUACCAUGCUUCCUAAAAAAGAAAGACGAAAAUUAACUGAAUCUAAAGAUUCCUCAAGGCAACAUCAGUAUGAUUCUAUUGAAGACAGCAGUGAGAGUGAACACUCACCACUUCCACAAAGAAAACGAAAGGUUAGUGUUGGUUCAUCCAGUAGUGAUGAAUUUAAACAAGAGGACAGUCAGGGAUCUGGUGAUGAGGAGGAUUUUAUUCGAAAACAGAUCAUAGAAAUGAGUGCAGAUGAGGAUGCAUCUGAUGAGGAAGAAUACUUUCAAACUCAGAUCAAAGUGGUCAGUGGAGAACAGAAGAAAUCUCAGGAGGAAAGAAAAAGCAAAGUAAAAUCUGCAUCUGGGAAAAGCAAACGACUAAGCAAGAAAAGCAGCACAAGCCAAGAUGAUGAAGCUGGCCGAAGACAUUCUUGGCAUGAUCAUGAUGAGGAAGAAUACGAUGAAAGUCCUGAAUCCAAAUUCAGGGAAACCAAAAGCCAGGAAGGUGAAGAAUUGUCUGUCUCAAGUGUUGGAGGUCUUCGAAGAUUUAAGACUAUUGAAUUAAACAGCACUACGUCGGCUACAUAUAAAGAAACUUCAGAGCAACCAGGGACUAAGUUAUACUACGAAGAGCCAGAAAUUGAAAUGGAAAGUUUAACUGACUCUCCUGAAGACAGAUCAAGAGGGGAAGGUUCUUCCAGCCUGCAUGCUUCUAGCUUUACACCUGGCACAUCUCCCACAUCUGUGUCUUCCCUUGAUGAGGACAGUGACAGUAGCCCAAGUCACAAAAAAAUAAGCGAAGAAAGUAAGCAGCAACGAAAGGCCAGGCACCGAGCACAUGGACAAGUACUUCCAACUAUUGAAGAUUCUUCUGAGGAAGAAGAACUCAGAGAAGAGGAAGAACUUCUUAAAGAACAAGAAAAACAACGGGAAAUAGAACAGCAACAGAGGAAAAGCUCCAGCAAAAAAUCAAAGAAAGAUAAGGAUGAACUAAGAGCACAAAGAAGACGAGAACAUCCAAAGACUCCUCCAAGUAAUCUGUCACCAAUUGAGGAUGCUUCACCUACAGAGGAGCUGCGUCAGGCAGCUGAGAUGGAGGAGCUUCACAGGUCCUCAUGUUCUGAGUAUUCUCCAAGUAUUGAAUCAGAACCAGAAGGAUUUGAAAUAAAUCCAGAGAAAAUACUUGCAGUUCAGAAAGUUUAUGAGUUGCCAAAAUUAGUUUCCCUGUACUCUCCUACUGAAGACAAUCAAGAGCCUGCAUCUCCAAAAUCACUAAAAAGUGCAGAUGAAGUUUAUGAAGAAAUCAUGCAGAAAGCCAAAUUACUUCAAAAUCAGCCAGAAACAGAUGAGUCAAAUGAAAAAGAGCCUUUAUAUGGAGGAAUGUUAAUUGAGGACUAUAUCUAUGAGUCUUUAGUUGAAGACACCUACCAAGAAACAACUAUGACUACAGAUAAUGGAUUUUUGUUAUCACAUCAAGAUGUAAAUAAAGAGUUUGUUCAACAACCAGAAAGGAAAUUAAGAUCACCAGAUGAGGUUUAUGAAGACUUGAUGAGAAAAGCAAAUUACAUAGCAAAAGAUGAUUAUUAUUAUCCAGACACUCCCAAAACUGUAUUAUUAGAAGAGAAUGUGGAUUUAAUUCCUUAUGCUACUGACCUGAAGCAUACACCUAUAUCUUCUGCAGAUGUAGAAAUUCUUAUUAAAGAUGAAAAAACCUUGUUAGAUGCUGAUGCUGCCUAUGAAGAGCUUAUGAAACGUCAAAGAACAGUUUUAACUCCAGGGACCAGUCCAACUCAGUCUGUACCUUCUUCAUGUGAACCCCAGCAGAAAGCAGUGUCAACUGUAAUACAUAUAAAAGAAGCAGAGAAUACCUCUGUAACCCUUUUUUCAGCAAAAGAAGAAGAUAUAGAGACUCAACCAUCAGUUCAAUUGAGUAGCCCAAUGUAUCCCAUUCCAGAUGUAACAAUUACACAGCACUUUACAGCAGAGGAAGAUAUAGAAGACCAGUAUAUUAGUGAAUAUUUAAGUGAGUCUCAGGAAAUUUCUGAUGCUGAAUUUUCAGACAAGACAGAUGAUAUAACAGAAGAUUUUGUCAAACAGCCCUCUACCACCAUGGAGAGUUCUACCACGUCAUGGACAACAAUGGAAUCCUCCUCUGUUGUGUUUGAUACUAUACAGUCUGAGGUUGAGCAUACACCUGUACCCAUUAGGGAAAUUAAACAGCCACCAGCUCCAACAUCUUCUUUCCAGAAUGCAACAGAUGUCAUCCCUAUCACGGUGCCAACAGUUGUAGUUACCACCUCUUCACACACAGAUUCAGUUAUAGUUGAUAUACCAAUGAAAUCUGAAGUUAACAACAUAUUAGAAUUAGUUGCAGCGAAGACAAUAGUCACUACUUCAGAUUCAAUAGCUACAGUAACCCCAGUCUCCACUGUACCGUGUGAGUCAGCUGUUGUUUCUAAUAUAAAAAUUUUGAGCUGCACCACACCUUCAACAGUUUCAUCCAGCAAUGGUCACAUUGCCAUCUUUGUUCCUGGGUCAGAUUAUGCUGCACCAAUUACUCCUGUACCAGUAAAGAAGCAAGAUAUAUACAAAUCUCAAAAAGAUGAAAAAUUGAAAGAUUUGCAUGACAACAAAAAAACCUCAACAGAACCUUACUCAACAAAUGUUGCCUCAUCACAGUAUAUUUAUGAAAGUUCUAGUAAAGCUUCAGUCACCUCAUCAUCUUCUGUGAUCCCACCUACAGCAGUUGAGCUCCUCUCAGGACUCUGCUGA